AUGCUGUGCCUUUGCUUGUCCUUGCUCGGCUUGGCGGCUGCCGUGCCCCGCGUGGCGGUGGUAGGCGCUGGCAUCAACGGAGGCUCGGCAGUCCACUACCUCCGCGAGCUGCUGGGGAAGGGCAUCGACAUCACAGUGUACGAGGCCAACAGCGAGCCGGGCGGUCGAACGUUGACAAGGAGCUUUGCCAAUGUCACCGUGGACGUGGGGGGCACGGCGAUCUAUUCCAGGAACAGAUAUGUCUCAGGUUUCGCCAAGUCUUUCGGGCUGUCGCCCCAGACAGGGGACGAUGGUGUGAACUCGGACAUUGGCAUCUGGGAUGGCCAGAAGUUUCGCAUCCAGGUUGAUACCGACAGCAGCCUCGGCCUGGGCGCGAAACUUCUCUUCCGAUACGGGCUGUCUCCUCUUCACGUGCUUCCCGCGGUCCGCAGCGCUGUGGACGGCUUCGACCGGAUCUAUGACCUUCAGGAGCGGCAGCAGAGCUUUGAGAGCCCGGCAGAGCUUUUAGAUGCCCUGGGCGUUUUCAACCUGACCCAAACGUCCGCCUACGACUACUUUGCAGGCCGUGGUGUGGACGCCAAGUUUGUGCGGGAGAUGGUGGAUGGAGCCUCCCGGUGCAACUACAACCAGCCAGGCACGAUGAACAGCUUCGCAGACCUGAUCUCGCUGGCUGGCGUGGGUGUGGGCGGCCACGUCUUCGGCUUGGCCAACGGUACUCAGGCCAUCUCGCGCGGGCUUCUAAGAUCUGCGUCCCGGGUGCGGCUCGGGGAGAGGGUGACGCAAGUCGCCUCCAAUGGAACAGGCUACACGGUUCAGACCGUGAAGCGAUCCGAGCAGUUUGACGGCGUCAUCCUCGCCACGCCCAUGGAGCUGACCGCCAUCCAGCUGCCGGCGGAGGCCAAGCGCGGCACGGGCAGAGGGAGGAAGUAUCAGACCACAUACGUGACCUUCAUCCACGGGCAGCUGAAUCAGACCUAUUUUGGAGCUCGAGCGGGCGCCAACGCCAAGCCGAUCCCGGGAACGAUCCUCACAACGGAGGACUCUUCGUCUCCGUUCUCGUCCUUUGGAGUUCACAAGGUGCUUCCUGAUGGCUCCAUGGUUGUAAAGCUGUUUUCACGGCGGCACUUGAACGACGCGGACAUCCAGCCACUGUUUCCGAGAGUCUUCCACAUGUUCAAGUACGUUUGGUCGGCCUACCCCAAGCUCCAGCCACUGGCCCGCGCGGACUGGGCUAGCUUCAGGCUGGAUGGCCGAGCAUUGUUCUACACCUCCGGCCUCGAGACAGGGGCGUCAGCCAUGGAGGUCGCUGCCAUCGCCGGUCGCAAUGGCGCCCUGCUGAUGCGGGAGGCCUUGGCGAAAACUUCCCAGGACCGAAAAGCCAAAGAGUCGAAGGAGGAGGUCCUCCGAAUGUAUCACAAGGCACCGGGACAAGGGCGAGUCAUCUGGGACCUGUCCACUGACACCGUGAGACCGGGGUCCAGCAAGUUCGCGAAGCAGUACCAGGUUCCACCGGAGUUCCCUGACAUUCUAAAGGACUUCACGCGGGAAGUCCUACGAUCUCAGCCGGAGAACAUCCAUGAGUUUGCUGCCAAGUACUUCGAGUGCCUGGCCAGCGGCCUGCCCGCUGAUGCUGGGCAGGCAGCUGCGGCAGAAGAUCUGGAUAUGUCCCUAGAUGAGGUCGAGGGCAUCAUCCACGACCUCUUCAAGAAGUAUGACAAGGAUGGAAGCCAGUUCCUGGACCCACCAGAGUUCAAGUCUCUGAUGGAGGACUUGCAGCAGAGGCUGGACUUUCCCAAGGACGAGAUCCUGCUCUUCUUGGCGGAGGCUGACAUGAACGCGGACGGUAUGAUCGAGUAUGAGGAGUUCAUCCCGCUGGCUUUGCAGAUCAUCCAGGGCAUGUACGCCAAGAAGCGACUGGAGCAGCACAUCUCUGAUGUGGACCUCCAAGCGGAGGAGCUUUUGGUCCACGGCAUGUCCCGCGAGGAGCUCACCUCGCUGGUCGGAAGCAUGUUCGAGCGCAUGGAUGAGGACCGCAGUGGACAGCUGAACAAGCAGGAGUUCGUCGCGGCUCUGACUUCCAUGGAGCUUGGGCUGACGCGACGAGAGAUCAACGCCAUCAUGUUCCAGGUGGAUCAGGAUCAGGAUGGCAAUGUCUCCUACCGAGAAUUUGUGCCGUUUGCCUUCGACCUGCUCCAGAAGAUGGCAUCGCUCCGACUACUGGAGUCCGAGCUCGAGAACGACGAGCUGGCCCAGUACAUCCUGGACCUCUUCAAAGCCAAGGAUACCGAGAUGUCGGGCCUCUUGGGCCUGGAUGACAUGAGGGACCUGCUGCAUCAGGCGAUGCUGGGACUCACGCGUAUGCAGAUCUACACCGUCCUGAGCGAAGCCGAGGUCAACGCGGACAACCUCAUCUCCUACGCCAGCUUCGUCCCUCGCGCAGUCGGCCUCAUCCGAUCCAUGCUCUCCUUUGAGAAGGCCAUCGUGAAGAACGAUUCAGCCGCACAGGACGAGGAGAAAUUCUUCUCCACCUUGGACGAGGCCUUCGCUGGCAGCGAGCCCGUCCUGCCCCUGGCAGAUGUCAUGGCUCGCCUGUCCAGGCCGGGGCCCCCUGAGUGA